CAAAAUGCUGUGCCAGCAGCCUAUAAUCACGCACACUGUGGCAACUCCGCAGGAUUCUCCCAACACAACUCUUGAUUCCUCCAUGAGGGACUUCAACAACCGCCUGAUGGCUCCUGCACUCUAUGCCAGCUCCACUUCCAUAGAUUCCAUAGACCGCUCGAUGUCAUCACAACACAGCAUUCCUGGACUCUUGAAACCUCCGAACAAUAAAUUCACAGUGAAUAACCUAAGUCAGCCCACACCAACACUUGGGAGGCGUGUCAGCCUCGUGGCAGUCAGCAGUCGCAGGGACACAUUGCCAAGCACACCACGCAUCCAGAGGGUUUGUUCAUGGAAGCUGUCACGACCUUCAUUGAGAAGAAAGUCACGAUGUGGUGGAUCUGAAAUGGGCCAACAAGAUCAGUUAGGUGACCAUGAUAUUAUCCUCAACAACAAUAAUAUCCUCAGCCCUCCUAAGAAUUUUUACAAGGGAAAUUCUUUCGUGUUUCAGCGAAAUGAGCGCCGCGAACGGGAGCAGCGGGAGUUGGCAAAACAAGCGCAGCAGGCACACAAAUGCGAGUACAGUGAUCACUUUUCCAGCUUUGAUGGAUCAAGAUCGAGUUCGAGUUCAGAAUCCGACAGCUACACCGCAGGAACGCAGGAGCUGAAGAAUAGAUGGAGAAGUGCAGAAGAGUUGAGGAAAACUGACAAUGGGCAUUGUGAAAAGAACAGCUGGAAGCAGAAACAAGAUCUGGAUCGUGAUUACGAGCCAAAGUGCAAUAUUCAGAAAGAGAGCAAAAUGCUGUGCCAGCAGCCUAUAAUCACGCACACUGUGGCAACUCCGCAGGAUUCUCCCAACACAACUCUUGAUUCCUCCAUGAGGGACUUCAACAACCGCCUGAUGGCUCCUGCACUCUAUGCCAGCUCCACUUCCAUAGAUUCCAUAGACCGCUCGAUG